GCAGCGCGCGCGGCGGCGGCCGCGGGGCUGAAGCCGGCCCUCCGCGCCGCGAGGCGACCCCCGCGGCCCCAGCUCCGCGGCCGCGGCGGGGAGGCCGCCGCUGGCGCCCGGACAGCUGCCUCCUGCCUCUCCCCUUCGUGACCCGAGCUGUUAGGCCGUGAGACGAGGCAUUGGGGACCCCGGAGACGGCGCUCCUCGCGGGGAGUGUGGGACGGGGGCUGGGCCUGCAGCUGGGCUGGGGGCGGCGCUCCUCCCCGAGGCGUCCGGGCGCAGCCUCCCCGGCGGGCUGGGGGGUGCCGUGAGGGCGCUGGAAAUGAGAAGCGGCAGCUGUCUGGGGGGAGACGUGCCUCGGAGACCGACGUCUGAUGUGACGAGUGGUCCGGGGUCCACGCAGAGACCCUCCGUGCGUGAGCACCUGACCUCUGAUUGCAGCUGCUCCGCUUAGUUCCCCUUUCUCAGGCUUCGACGCCUCUAGUAUGACAGGUGCAGAGAUUGUGCCUACGUUGUAAUCAUGAAGGAGACGGACCGGGAGGCCGUUGCAACAGCGGUCCAGAGGGUUGCGGGGAUGCUUCAGCGCCCGGACCAGCUGGACAAAGUGGAGCAGUAUCGCAGAAGAGAGGCCCGGAAGAAGGCCUCCGUGGAGGCCAGAUUGAAGGCCGCCAUCCAGUCGCAGCUGGACGGGGUGCGCACGGGCCUGAGCCAGCUCCACAGCGCGCUCGGUGACGUCAAGGACAUCCAGCAGUCCCUGGCCGCCGUCAGCCAGGACUGGAGGCGGAGCAUCAGCACCAUCGAGAGCCUCCGGGACGUGAAGGACGCCGUGGUGCGGCACAGCCAGCUCGCCGCCGCCGUGGAGAACCUCAAGAACAUCUUCUCAGUGCCCGAGAUCGUGAGGGAGACCCAGGACCUCAUAGAGCAAGGGGCGCUGCUGCAGGCCCACCGGAAGCUGAUGGACCUGGAGUGCUCCCGGGACGGGCUGAUGUACGAGCAGUACCGCAUGGACAGCGGGAACACGCGCGACAUGAGCCUCAUCCGCAGCUACUUCGGGAGCACGCAGGGGCUGUCCGACGAGCUGGCCAAGCAGCUGUGGAUGGUGCUGCAGAGGUCUCUGGUCACCGUGCGCCGCGACCCCACCUUGCUGGUCUCCGUCGUCAGGAUCAUCGAAAGGGAAGAAAAAAUUGACAGGCGCAUACUUGACCGAAAAAAGCAAACUGGCUUUGUUCCUCCUGGGAGGCCCAAGAGCUGGAAGGAGAAGAUGUUUGCCAUCCUGGACAGAACCGUGACCACCAGGAUUGAGGGCACACAGGCAGACACUAGGGAGUCCGACAGGAUGUGGCUUGUCCGCCACCUGGAGAUCGUGAGGAAGUAUGUCCUGGACGACCUCAUCGUCGCCAAGAACCUGAUGGUGCAGUGUUUUCCUCCCCAUUACGAGAUCUUCAGGAAUCUCCUGAACAUGUACCACCAGGCUCUGAGCACACGGAUGCAGGAGCUCGCGUCAGAGGACCUGGAAGCAAACGAGAUCGUGAGCCUGCUGACGUGGGUCUUAAACACGUACACCAGCACGGAGAUGAUGGGGAAUCCGGAGCUGGCCCCGGAGGUGGACGUCGGGAUCCUGGAGCCUUUGCUUUCUUCAAACGUGGUCUCCGAGCUACUCGACACCUACAUGUCGACUCUGACUUCGAACAUCAUCGCCUGGCUGCGGAAAGCCCUAGAAACCGACAAGAAGGACUGGGUGAAAGAGACUGAGCCCGAGGCGGACCAGGACGGCUACUACCAGACGACGCUGCCCGCCAUUGUCUUCCAGAUGUUCGAACAGAACCUUCAAGUCGCUGCUCAGAUAAGUGAAGAUUUGAAAACAAAGGUACUAGUUUUGUGUCUUCAGCAAAUGAAUUCUUUCUUAAGUAGAUACAAAGAGGAGGUGCAGCUGUACAAGGAGGAGCACCUGCGGAACCGGCAGCGCCCGCACUGCUACGUGCACUACAUGGUCGCCGCCAUCAACAACUGCCAGACCUUCAAAGAAUCCGUCGUCAGUUUAGAAAGAAAGUAUCUAAAACGUGAUGCGGAGGAAGGCGUGUCUCUGAGCCAGCCGAGCAUGGACGGGCUUUUGGACGCCAUUGCCAAGGAGGGCUGCGGCAGCCUGCUGGAGGAAGUCUUCCUGGACCUGGAGCAACACCUCAGCGAGCUGAUGACAAAGAAGUGGCUGUCAGGAUCAAACGCUGUAGACAUCAUCUGUGUCACUGUGGAAGACUACUUCAAUGAUUUUGCCAAAAUCAAAAAGCCGUAUAGAAAGCGGAUGAUCGCCGAGGCGCACCGGCGCGCUGUGCAGGAGUACCUGCGGGCCGUGAUGCAGAAGCGCAUCUCCUUCCGGGGCCCCGAGGAGCGCAAGGAGGGCGCCGAGCGGAUGGUGCGGGAGGCCGAGCAGCUGCGCUUCCUCUUCCGCAAGCUGGCUUCCGGACGACCACAUCGGCGCGCUGCUGGCCAUGCGGGGGGACGCCAGCCGGGACAUGAAGCAGACCAUCAUCGAGACACUGGAGCAGGGCCCGGCCCAGGCGAGUCCAGACUACGUGCCCAUCUUCAAGGAUAUCGUGGUUCCCAGCCUGAAUGUGGCCAAGCUCCUCAAGUAGCCAGCGGGGCCCCACCCUCGGGCACCGGCUGUGUGUCUGGGGGCGGCCUCGUGAGGAGGGCUCGGGAGAAGCGCCCCCUCGCCUCUGCGCCUGCGCCGUGUGCGCUUCUGAAACUGCUGCUCAAUGAGGAGCCUGAACUUCUGCUGGGAAACGAGAGCUUCCCGCCCUGAGGGUCUCUUCCCGGCAGUGGCCCAGCCCCCCACCCCCUCCGCCCGCUGGGGUCCCUCCCAUCGGAGCGGACCUCCCACCAGGUGGGUUUGGUGGGUGAAUCCCCGCCACCCGCAGGUGGAUGACACUGGGAGCACCUGCAGAUUCAUCUUACUUGUACACCAAGUGAAUUACGAAGUUGCCCUCAGAGUAAACGGUGGGCCCUGUGUGUGGCCCCGACCCCCGACGUGGCCCCACUGGACAGGCUUCUCAGGGGCUGUGCUCCGAGGUGGCUCUGGCGUCUGCCCUGUUCCGCCCACGGAGUCCCCGUUCCUCCUUCCCCGCAGGCCGCGGCGUGUGCGGUGCCGGGCUGCUCUGAGGCUCCCAGGUCCUUGUCACACGCGUUCACGACAGCAGAGUUGAUGCUGUGCUCUUAUUUCCUGCUCACGAGGGGCGACAGAUUCGCAAGUGGGACUUUUUUUCUUGGAAGAGUCAGAGCCUAAAUGGAGACGUUGGCGCGUUCUUGUGAGCGGUGCUGGCUCCGCAGAGACGGGGUCUGGGCCGGGGCUGCUUGCCGGUGUGCCGCCUGGUGAUGCGCGUGUUCACACGGUUCCCUGCCUGGCGAGCCGUGGCAGCUGGUGUACGGUAGCGCUUCGUGCACAGUUCCUGGAUUAAUAAAGUCGAGUGUUAAAGAUCA